AUGACGCCCAGGCCCCACCGCCGGCCAGGCCUACGACAACGGGGGAACAAUGCACCGAUGAUGGGGCAGCAAGGAGCUCUUCCGCGGGCGAAGGCACCGAAGAUCGAGCAAGAGGAGCUACGCAAUCGUUUGUUAAAUAAAGUCGAGGAGGAGCUAGCGAGGUGGCAGGCGAAGGCCGCGGGAGCCGAAGCGGCUGCAACGGUUGCUACAGCUGCGGUGGCUGCGGUGCCAGCGAAGGAAUCGCCCUUGCAAGCACCCGAGCCCGUUGUGUCCUCCACGCCGCUCGCGCCGCUGCAGCCCUACUACUACUGCGAUCCGCUCCUGGACCGCACAGCCCACUUUGCCAUGGACUGCGGGUUCUACCCAGGGGUGGCCCCCGUUCUGCUCCAGCACAUUGUGUCGACCGUGUACGGAGCGGAGUUCGCAAGCAGCGUGGCGACGCUGUCGACGGCCGACGUCGACUACAUGUUCCACACCUUCUGGACCAACGUGGUCAGCUCGUACAGCCGCGACGAGAUAUUCUUCAGGAUGACGACCCACCCAGGCAACGGCGGCAUCACGAGGGACUUGGGAGAUUUCGGGUGGCACAUCUACGGCCUCACGACAGGAGGAGCAGACACCCCGUGCGUGUGCGUGGGCUACACGGAAUGCCACGGGCCGAAUCCGGAUAUCGGCAGAUAUCUAUUUCAUGGCCAAUGGGUCAGCUACCCUCCCGCUGGUAACAUCUGUGCCUCGUGA